CUCUUUUUUUUUUUUUUUUUUUUUUUUCCUCUCCCCUUUCUACUGCGACUUGAACCACCGGCCGCGCAAGUGACCGUCUAACUCCAACGAUCUCUCAUGGCUUCCUGCUAUCCCUAUUCCGUCGGGUUGAUUUCCCCCUUGUAACACUCGCUACUUUGUCCUUCCCUUCAUUUCUCGGCCUGUUUCUCUUUAAUUUCUCUCCUUCGCGGCCUCUCUCCGCUCCGCUGAAACACCCGUCGCCAGUUCCAAGACCUCUGGCCAGCUAGCUGCCUGUCUAUCGCUCCCGCACGUCCGUGUGUCCUUCAGCGACAUCCCUGCCGCUUCCUUCCCCCGCCAAUGUCCCUCUCGCGAUCGCCGUCCCCCCACCCGGGAGCAGGCUGGUCCAGUCCGGGCCUGACCCCGGGCAGCGGGAACUCGACGCCGCGUAAUGGGCUUCUGUCGCCGACUUCCUUGGGUCCGGGUGGGAUCUCGUGGGCCGCCGCCAAAGCGAAGAGCGAAGAAGUUCGCGGGUAUCCGUCAUUUUCGACGAGGAACAACGGUUUCUUUUCGCGAUCGAAACGACAGCUGACGGCCACCUUGCCGCGAUUUCGGGGGACUUCGGGAUCGCCAGACGGUUAUUUCGAGAAGAAGGAUGCAUACUAUGAUCGGGGUCGGGGUUUGUCGUCUGGCGCAUAUUGGCGCUCUUGUGGGUUUGGUCGGACCAUGAUGCGCCGUCGCAGGUUGCGCUUCUUGCUGGCCCUGGUUUUAGCGGCACUGGGGUAUCUGUGUUUUUGGACGUAUUUUCUCGAGCGCUAUCGGCGAUCGCCACUCGGAAGAGGACACAAGUUCGUGGUGAUUCUCGAGUCGAAUGUGGAAGGCGGCGUCAUGGAGUGGAAAGGAGCCAGCGAAUGGGCCGUCGAACGCAGCAGUAUUGAGAAUAAGAAGCGAUACGCGAAUCAUUGGGGGUAUGAGUUGGAGAUUGUCAACAUGCUGGCCAAGAAGCGAUAUUCUCACGAGUGGCGCGAAAGCUGGGAAAAGGUCGAUCUUAUUCGCGAGACCAUGCGCAAGUACCCGGAUGCUGAGUGGUUCUGGUGGCUGGAUCUUAAUACGUGGAUCAUGGAGUAUUCGUACUCGCUCCCCAACCAUAUCUUUAAGCGUUUGGACGAGAUUGCAUACCGCGACAUCAAUGUGUACAACCCGUUAAACAUCUCGCACCCGCCGACAGGUGCAUACCUUGACGACGUUUCCCGGUCGCCGGACGGGGAUCAAGACCCAUCCUCGAUCCAUUUCCUCCUGUCACAGGAUUGUGGCGGCUUCAACCUGGGUUCCUUCUUUGUGAAGCGCUCCCAGUGGUCGGAUCGGCUGCUGGACGCCUGGUGGGAUCCCGUCAUGUACGAGCAGCGGCACAUGGAAUGGGAGCACAAAGAGCAGGAUGCGCUGGAGUACUUGUACACGACCCAGCCGUGGAUCCGCAGCAAGUUCGCCUUUCUUCCGCAGCGGUUCAUGAAUUCCUUCCCUCCCGGAGCAUGCGGAGACGGAGAUGACCCGGAUGUGCAUUACCUGGAGGGUGGAAGAGACUUUGUCGUCAACAUGGCGGGCUGUGAUUUCGGCCGCGACUGCUGGGGCGAGAUGUCCCAGUAUCGGGACUACAGCAACUGGCUCAACCGGUCGUGGCGGGAACGUACGGAAGAUUCGAUGCAUGGCCUCUACGACUGGGUUACUGGAUGGUUCCAAGGUCCAGAGUCGCAGCAACAACUCGCCUGAUUCAACGAUAUGAUACGUCCAUCGGCUUCUUGAAAUGUCUUAUUAUUGAUUUCCCUACCGAGUUUCGGACCGAAUAGUCUCGGACUCGAAUCCGCUCGGUGGGUUUAGCUUGGCGAUAUGCGGAGUAUUUGGACAGUUUUCUUUUCUUUUGUUUUCUUGCUCUUCUAGACGUGGCUUGCACUUGAUGUUCCCCAAGUUUCAGGAAUGAUGAUUUGGCAAGGCGUUGGGACAAUUGAUUUGACUUCGAUUGCACUUGAGUAAUGCAUACCAUCAGCCCAACAUACUGAAUAGAAUCCGAACAUAGUAAUC